AUGUUGAGCCCUACAUUUGUUCCGUGGGAUGUUGGCCAUCCCUUAUACACCUGUGGAUCCAUCUGCGUCAUUGCAUUAAUUAUUUGGAAAUUUAAAAAGAGCCUCCAAGGAUUAAGGUUGGGACCUAACAGGACCUGUUGCCGGUGUCACCGACGACUCAAACAAAGCUCUAGAGAUAGAACAUCAACAGCUGGGAGAACUUGCCAGGAAGAAGCCAAGAAGCUGCGGAAUCUGCUCUCUGUCAUGAAAAGCCAGGGCUGGCUUCCGCAGGAGGGGUGUGUGCGGCGAAUCCUGUGUGCAGAUCCCUGUUGCAAAAUCUGCAAUGCUGUGGCUCUGGAGAUUCAGCAAUUGCUGGUGUGUGAGAAUGACCAGAUCUCCCCGACUUUGUUGGGGCCAUCGCAGGGCUCCUCUUGCUCAGAGAUAUUGUCUAUGUCUAGUGUGUCUUUUGAGCAUCAUCAGGAGCUGGUUUGCCAGAGCUCCAGAGAGCUUUCAACGGCAACCUUAACGCUGACACUGUCAAAAGUAACAGAUCAGAAAUCUUUAACCCCAUCAGCUUCCCAGUCAACCAAUGCAGUCAGUGUCCAAGAUUACUGCGCUGACCACCUCCAGCGAGGGCAGGGAUUUCAAGUUGCAGGUGUCUCCCAGGAUGCAGGAGCUCUGUCUUCUUCAAGCCUUGAGGAGCCUGGAAUUCCUCUGAACCAGCAGGAGAGGAAGAAGAACUCCAAAUUGGUCAGCAAGGAGGACAAAGAAGCUCCAAAAGCUGGCUUGGGAAAUACGAUGAAGUUCUUUCUGCACUGGAUUAACCCUGAAGUGAAAGAUCAAAGUCAUGAGAAAUCCACUCUCAUCUCUGAGACUGAGACAUUGACCAAAGCUAGUACAAGAGAAGCUGAGAAGAGUCGAACCCCCACCAAAGACCCUGUGGGGAGAGCUAACUUGGUGAAGACAACAGAGAAGCCAAGGCCCAGCCUCCCCUUCUGA